GAGAAGAAGCGCGGGGAGUCGUGUGGGAGCGGACGGCUGUCAUGAAGUAGAGACACAACAGCUGGGCUGUUUAAAGGGAUUUAAGCGCCUAACAACAACAAGCGGGCGAAGAGCAGAGCGGGCACAGCCUCCACACAGCGCCCGCAGGUGGUGCUACAGUAAGGAGGGCAGGAUGGCAGGCGCCGGGGCAAACGCCGCCGUUAACCCCUCCUGUAAGAUCAUGACCUUCCGACCCACCAUGGAGGAGUUCCGGGACUUCAACCAGUACCUGGUGUACAUGGAGUCCCAGGGAGCUCAGCGCGCCGGACUGGCCAAGGUGAUCCCGCCAAAGGGUUGGAAGCCGAGGCGUAACUAUGACGACAUCGACGACGUCAUCAUCCAAGCGCCCAUUCAGCAGAUGGUUGCAGGCCAGUCGGGGCUUUUUACUCAGUACAACAUUCAGAAGAAAUCGCUCAGCGUUCAGGAGUUCCGCAGGCUCGCCAACAGUGACACGUAUUGUACUCCACGGUACCUGAACUACGAGGACCUGGAGAGGAAGUACUGGAAGAAUCUGACUUUCGUGCCACCGAUAUACGGUGCAGAUGUCAGUGGAACACUUUAUGAUGAGGGUGUAGAAGAGUGGAAUAUCGGCCACCUAAACUCCAUCCUGGAUGUGAUCGAGGAGGACUGUGGGGUCUCCAUCCAGGGCGUGAACACACCUUACCUGUACUUUGGCAUGUGGAAGACCAGCUUCUCCUGGCACACAGAGGACAUGGAUCUCUACAGCAUCAACUACCUGCACUUCGGAGAGCCCAAGUCCUGGUAUGCUAUACCUCCAGAACAUGGGAAGAGACUGGAACGAUUAGCCACAGGUUUCUUCCCCAACAGCUUCAAAGGUUGUGAAGCUUUCCUGAGACACAAGAUGACUCUGAUAUCUCCCUCUGUGCUGAAGAAAUACGGCAUCCCGUUUGAUAGGAUAACUCAGGAGGCGGGAGAGUUUAUGAUCACGUUUCCGUACGGAUACCACGCUGGCUUCAACCACGGCUUCAACUGUGCUGAAUCCACCAACUUUGCCAGUGUGCGCUGGAUCGACUACGGCAGGGUCGCCACGCAGUGUACAUGCAGUAAGGACAUGGUGAAGAUCUCCAUGGAUCCGUUUGUAAAGCGUUUCCAGCCGGACCGUUACCAGGCCUGGACGCAGGGCAAAGACCCCUGCAUCAUAGACCACACACUGGCCACGCCCAGCACAACACCUGAGCUGCAACUGUGGCUCCAGAGGCGUCGCAAAGCACGACCGUCCACUAAAAGCAGUGUUCACCACCCUCGCACGCGCUCCAAACGCCUGAAGACCGUGCACGAGAGAGCUGACGUGGCCAACACCUCUGGGGAGGGGGAACGCCAAACAAGCAAAAAGACAGGAGGAGCUCUGAAAAAUAAGGAAUCGAAAGGGGCCGGGAAGCAGAAAAAGGACUGCAAACCCCAUGGUGCAUUUCAUUACUCAGGCCUUACUGGUCAAUGUCGACAGAUUUGUGUCGUCAAGGUCACACGUGUAGAAAGUGACUUACUGGCCCAGUCAUCUAGAUGUCACAAAGCCCUGCCCCAAGCCCCGCCCCUUGAAUCUGCCCCCUCUCAGGACACGUCUUCCUCAAACCCGCAGAAGUCUGUAGCUGAUGGACUGGUAACUUCAGACGAAGCUUUAGAGAGCCAGGCAUCCUCCACUGAGAACAUUCCAGACUCUGCCAUGGAUGAGUCUUUGGGCUCAGAGAGAACUGUUCCUUCAGAAUGGUCAUUCGUUGCCAAAUCCCCCAACCGUGAAUCCCCCUCGAAAUGUGUCCCAACCACUGAACAGUAUCAGGCUUUUGGAGCCAACCUCAAUGCAACCAGCACAGCAAGUGCGGUGUCGGCGGGUGACUCUCUCAAAGGCAAUAUGGCUACAGGUUCUCAGCUUCGCAGCUCUGCAGCAAAGGCACUUUAUAAAGCAAAUCCUUCUUCUUCAGAUGAACUCGGACCUCGUUUUGGAACUGUGUAUGGCGCCACUUCUUCCGCCGACAUGCCUCUACUGACUCCAGAGUUUUCGGGAGAGGAAGAGGGAAGGAACCCCCUGAACUUGACGUCCGAAAUGCCCGCCUUGACUCUUGCAGUCCAGUCCACUGAAGAUACACUCCAGUCCGGCAACCCAAACCAGUCAGCUUCCUCAGAUCUGGUGGUCCAGCCAGACGCAACAACAAAAACAGCAGCAGUAGCAGCAGCAUCUUUAUCAUCAUCAUCAUCUGCUGCAGUUCUAUUGGAUAAAGCUGAUAAAACUGGGACUUGUUCUAAAGCACUUUAUCCCGAUUGGUGUUCCAACCCAUUCCAAGAAGAUGGUAGCCAGUUGCUCGUCCCCAGCACCAAAGCUGGUAAGAAACAGACAACAGCUGAAUCCCUCUCUCAAUGGCAAUUUUCCAGUAAGGUAGCCAAUCAGGGAGAGGGACGGGCUGGAGCUUCAAAUGUCUUACAGCACUCCACAGGUCUUUUUGGGUGUAGCAUUUCCAACGUUAAUACUUGUGCACUUUCUCAGUCCAAUCAGUCCGUAGAGUCUCCGAGCACCUCAGCAAGUCCCCAAACGUCUUUACGUCCACAGCACACUGAAUCCGUUUCUCCUCCUUCCCUGAACCUGUUCGAGGACUCCAAACCCUUCUCCUCCAACAUCUGGAGGAACUUCAACGCCCAGAAUCCCGCGGUGCUGAUCGAAAGCCUGCAACCAAGCUUGGCCGAAAGCGACGCUCACGACCAGCUGCCUUACGCCAUGUGGGCAGAGUCUCGCUGCCAGCAGGUCAAAUCUCCAGACCCUCCAGAUUCUCCAGAGAGGGCCCUGACCUGGGCUAACCUGGAGCCCAGCUCUCUGCACCCUUCUGGGGCAGAGAUGACCGCAGAGCUCCCUCUGAAAGAUGCUCCUGACGAUGAGUUCAGCUCUCGGGGGCUUCAGAGGACCGAGGGCGAAGGGUCCGAGCGAGAUUCAGAAUCAGGAGAAAGAGAAGAUGACAGCAGCAGCGAGUCCAGUGAGGAGAACAUGAGCGAGACGGAGUAUGGGGCUUCAGGCUUGGAGCCGGGAGAGGUCUGUCCGUAUCCUAUGACCCCAGUGAAGAGAAGGACUGCUAAGAGUUGGCGUCACCCUCUGAGGAAGCCAACAGCUAGAGCAGUCCCCAGCGCUGUGAAGCAGCAGGCCAACAGUGACGAUGAGCCCACAGAGGAGUGUGUAUCAGAGGGAGAGCAGCAGGAGGCCGAUGCCUGGGCCAGACCUCUGGUUCAUCUGUGGCAGAACAGAAAGCCCCAUUUCCCCUCCGAAAAAGAGUACAACAGCACUGCAGCUAAAACCCCUCCACACUGCGCCGUCUGCAGCCUCUUCAUGCCCUACUAUCAGCCUGAGGAGAGGUCAGAUGAAAAGGAGGUUACGAUGAGGGCUGAAGGAGAGUCUCAGGGAAUGAGGUCGCGCCCCCUGAUCCCGGAAAUCUGCUUUGCUUAUCGCGAGGGCUCCUGUCCCCCAAACACACUUCUGGAGGAGGAUGGGUCCAGUCCCCUGGUGUCCUGCAGCCGGUGCUGUGUGCAGGUUCAUGCUAGUUGUUAUGGUGUUGCUGCCCAUGAUGUCAGCCAAGACUGGACAUGUGACCGCUGUUCAUGUGGAGACGUAACAGCUGAUUGCUGUUUAUGUAACUUGAGGGGAGGUGCAUUAAAAAGAACAACAGAUAACAGAUGGGCACAUGUGAUGUGUGCUGUGGGUCUUCCUGAGGUGAAGUUCGCUGAUAUAGUGAAGAGGAGUCCCAUAGACGUCAGUGCCGUCCCCGCACAGAGAUACAAACUGAAGUGUAUAUACUGUCGUAACCGUAUGAAGAAGCUGUCGGGGGCAUGUAUUCAGUGCUCCUGCGGCCGCUGCCCCACCUCCUUCCACGUCACAUGUGCUCACGCGGCCGGCGUCACCAUGGAGCCCGACGACUGGCCGUAUGUAGUGUUCAUCACCUGCCACAGGCACCAAUCACGGAGCUCCAGUGCUAAAAUGAAAGUGAGCCGAACGGAGCUGGCGCUGGGCCAGACUGUGAUCACCAAACACAAGAACCUGCGCUACUACAGCUCCCGCGUCACUGAAGUAAUGGCGCAAACUUUUUACGAGGUCAUGUUUGAUGACGGCUCGUUCAGCAACGACACGUAUCCCGAGGACAUUGUGAGCAGAGACUGUGCCAAGCUCGGCCCACCGGAGGUUGGUGAGGCUGUGCAGGUGAAGUGGCCUGAUGGACUUUUCUACGGAGCUAAGUACCUGGGCUCUAACACCACGUAUAUGUACCAGGUGGAGUUUGAGGACGGCUCUCAGGUUCUGGCUAAGAGAGAGGACAUUUACACACUGGAAGAGGACUUGCCCAAAAAGGUCAAGGGACGCCUUUCCACAGCCUCCAGCAUGCGUUUUGAGGAUGCUUUCUUCACCACGCAGGGCGAGAGGAAGAGGCAGCGGACGCCCAACUCUCGCUUUCAGAACGACUACGUCGCCCACCUCAGCCCCCGCGCCUGCCGGACCCCCGAAACGCGCAGCAGCAAAAACAACUGAGGAGCGCGAGAGGAAGAUCGGCGGGGAGGAAGAGGAAGAGCGCGAGAGCGAGCGGGCGGAGCUGCGGAGGAACUGUGUAAAGAGUGUUUUUAGAGUUUAGAGUGAGAGAAACACUAAUCGACGGAGUGCAGUAUCAAGAGCUCCGCAAAACAACAGAUUUAUUUUUUUGUUUUUUUAAACAUUUGUUCCGCGAUCGUGUCUGUAACCAAAAUCACUUAAUUUUCGGGGAUGGCCAAAAUCCCCCCAAAAAAGUCAGGGACAGGACAUUUUGUUUCCCCCCUCAGUGAAUGUUGAAACAUCUGAAGAAUGCUUAAUAUUUCCAGAUACUCUCUUCGUGUUUUUUUUUUGUUUGUUUUAGUUUUUUUUUUUUUGCUCUGAAUUGUUUCCUUAUUAUUUUCAUCGCACUUUAGAUUGAAAGCUAUUUUUGAGAGAUUUUUUUCUUUCUUUCUGUCUUGUGCACUGUCCACAAUCACUAACCUUAUUAUUAGUAUUAACAUUUAAGAGAUAAAAGAAGUGCUAAUUAUGUUUAAGAAAAAAAAAAAAAAAAAUCAAGAAACGAUGUUGCUACUGACGUCCCUUUCCUCCGACCCGCUCCCCCCCAAAGCACAUUUGGCCGACUUAUGACUUUAAUUCAUCUUUGUAUCUUAUUUAUUUGGAUUUUUUUUCGUCUUAUUUUUAGUGUUGCUCAAAAGCUGUAAAGAAAAUUAAAGAUAUAAUUGUUUGCCAUGUAAUUUGGAUACUUUACCAGCGUCAGUGAAAUUCUUUGUGGUUUCGUUUUUACGUUUGUUUAAACUUGUUUGAAGUUUAAGUUCUGCCAGUUCUGUGUUGGAUGUAUCAACGAUUCCAUCCGAACCCAAGGUUGAUGUUCAUGGUGUGCACCAAAUUUAAUGCCUGUGAUAAUCACAAAAUGCUGUAAAGUAUCAUCAUUGUUUAGGUAGUUGUGUUUACUGCCACUAGAGGUCAGCACUGCCCUAUAGAAGAAGAAGAAGGAAAAAAAAAAAAAAGUCUGGACCACUGACUUCAUCUCAACACUGAUUACAGUGUUACCUGUAUAAAACACAUUAAAUUAACAGACAUUAAAAGUGUUUCUAACCAAACAGGAGGGCGUGGCUGAAGCAUGACAGAAAAAUAAAAAGCUUAAAAGAUUAGUUUAAAAAGAAACCAAGGACACAAACUGAAGAACUGGUCAUGGUCGUGUAACGUGUUCAGCUGUCAGGCUCUGGAACUCCUUGAUGGCUCCUGUGAUGCUGGAGAAAAUGAAACCGAAACUUCAUGUGAAGCGAUUCAAACUUCAGUGCAGUCUAUCAGUGUGGAGGAGCAUGAACUGUUUUGGUGAGUAGAAUGAUUUCUACAGUUCUAACUGCCCUAUCCGGACGUGAUUCGUUUCUCAGGGGGUUCUGGGGUCAUUUUCUCUUUCAUCCAGAACGACCAUGUGUGAGUUUUUCUCUGAAUUAUCUACUGUUUUUUUCUGAACCUUUUCGUGGCCUCCUGUAACGUUAGUCCCAUCCAGACGCACAUCUCUGAGUUUCGUCUUCUCUCGUUUAAUAAAAUAGCCUUUUGUCCACUGACGCACACCGUAAUUACACUUUGGGUGCCAUGCGUUCCCACGGAGAUCCACGUAAACACAACACAACAGCGAGUGGAAAUGGAGGAGCUACUGAACCUGAUGUCAUGUGACCGAGAGAGCCUAAAAACUCACUGCUCCUUCUCUUUUUUCAAUUCCAAUUGAGUUUGUUUUAUCACUGAGUAGAAGUGUGAAAUAUUUUUCACAGACGUCCCCCUGAGAAACCAAUCCCGUCCAGGUUCUUAAAUUCUUAAAACGUUUUUUUUUAUAUACUGCUUAUAGAACGUUCUGGGGACAUUGUUGCAACAUCACUUGAGCCAGAGUAUUAAUAAAAUUAGUUUUUGGAAUGUUACUUUCAAACAUUUCCACAAUAUUAGUAGACAUCUAGCUUUGAAGAUUAUGUGAGAAACGUUCUUAAAACGUUGUAAUGCAACAUUCCUAGAAGAUUAUUCCUGGAAACUUUUCAAAACAAUGCAAAACAUUCUUAUAUUGUUCACUGUUAGCCAAGCAAACGCUUUAGUUAUGUCAGGGUCAC